GUCGCAGCUGAAAUACUACCUACCCUGCACCUGCUGAUUGGUAGACUGCGCAAGUGCCUUGUCCGUGGCGUGUUCUCUACAAGAACAUAAGAAGUGCGCACAAGAACUUUUGCCUUCCGCAUCUGAAGAAAAGUGAAAGUCAGCUGUUGAAACCCCUUUCACCGUUUCAUCUCUCCAUUGGCUUCAUAAAACCCCCUGUAAGUAGUCGUCCCAGUUACUGUAGUGGACACCCUGGCGGCCGCGGCGCCAGCUCGGCGUCCGAGUUCGGUCCGCACUAGUCAAAAUGUGCACCAGGUCCGCGUUUCUGAGGUCGAGAUCCUGACACCUGACUCGUCAGAAGUCGACCCGUUCUUACGGGGUGUCGGGGCCGGAGAAGGUGAGUAUGACACUCUCUUGUCGAAAAAUGUUUUUCGUCCUUCCACCGCGGCUUUAUUUGGCCAUCUGUGCCUACAACUGGAACUGGUGGAGCGCCACGACCCACACCCUCCCGGGCACGACGCCUUUCGUUGCCGCUCUCGACGUUGGUGACCAAUCGAAAAACGAUAAGAGCUUCGGGUAUUUGCGUCGUCUCUUGAAACGGUUGGAGCCAGCACAUAAAGAUUCUGGGGCGGACUUCUGCGGACAAGUGUGCAGCAGCACGAGUGAAGUAAUACAACACGAUGAUGUUUUAGAAGAAGAUGCAGACGGAAAGAAAUCGAAAUCUCCUCUUUCCCUGCUGCAAACUGCUUCGGGCUUAUCCUCCACCUCUACCUCCACCAAAAAACUGCGCACAUCUUCCCUCCAGCGGCAGAAACGCGCUUGCGGCUGUCCGCGUUCGGAGACAAACACGCGCAGCGCGACGAAAAGCGAGAUUCUCGUCGCCGACCAGUGCACGGUGACAGAGAAGGACCAGCUGUUACUCGGCGUCCGCAAGACCGCGUUUAUCAGUCAGGGCGUUCUGCUGGACACGACGAAAGCCUACGUUUCCUCCUGCGCAGAGUGCGAGCGACACAGCUUAGCCUGUGCGGGAACCAAUGUCGAGAUCAACGACGGGCAGUGCUUGUGCGUGUGGCACGGUGGCGGCGAGAAGAAGCAGAUGCUGCAGCUCCCCUGCAAUUCCUGCGUACCGCAGUGCAUCGGGCGGGUGCGGAUUUUUGAAAGCACCAAGCCGUAUGAACCAGACUACGUGGAGGGCAUGUGCGUACAGAAAAAGGACCUGGAAAUGCCGUAAGGCGGGGGUUUACUUUUGAGUUUUUCUUUUCCAUGAUGCAGCGUCAAGAAUUUCUGCAAGACAGAGAGACCGUGGUGUGAUGGUCGUACAUGUUCCUCUCUAGCAAAGGAAGGAUAGCACACUACUCCUACCAGCGGGCUGCACCGCGGCUGGAACAAAAUGAAAAUUUCUCCUGUUCGCCAGCAUUUUCGUGGAAAAGGAAAA